CGUUUGUCACCGUUAUGGUGCAAUUCAUGUAUUGUUAAGUGUUGUGUUGUGUAGUGGCUUUGCUGGCAUGCAUUCCACUUUCUUUCCUUUUUUGCCCCAACAAGAUUUACAUGCUAAAAUCGCCACUGGAAGAGAUUAUAGGGUUUUCACAAAUAAAUGCUUUUCGCCACGGGGUAUUGCAGCUGCAUGUUUUUUUAAAACGCCUCUGCAACAAUAGCGUCAGAAAAGAUACGAUUCGUCACAAUAAAAGCAAAGGAUCUUCAGGCGAAUUGAUGAUGAUGAUGAACAAAUGAGUCCGGCAUGGGCGCAGAUUGGUUGAAAAUGACAUCACAUACAAUUGUACUAUUCUUAGCUUGUAGAAACAGCAUUACCUCAUCCUUUUCCCCUCGCGCAGGUAUAGACAUACAACAACAAAUAAUGUUACAGUCGCAGACAGGACAAGGCAUAGGACGAGAGUAGAAGUCAAGAAAGAGAAAACGAGCUCUUUACUCUACUUAUUAUUAAUAAAGCAUAACAUAUACUUUGGGAUUCUUCAUCCAUUUUCUUUGAAACCAUUCGGGUUGAUUAUAUCGAGUUAUUUGGUGUGCAAGUUGAUUUGUGCGAUAUUUCUUCGUUUGGAGUAUACAGCCCGCAGUAUCUACAGCCCUACAGCCCGCAGUAUCUUCGUUUGGAGUGAAAAUCGUCACUGUAAGUACAAUGUAAUAUUUCUUGCAUUUUGCUUGCAUCAUUUAUGUCUGGUCUUAUAUUCUCCUAUGAUCAUCUAAUGAAUGUAAACUUGCAAAAUCCAUGACGUAAUGCACAGAGAACAUCAUUCUGCAGCAGCAAUAGACCAAAGUAAUGUUUUCUUAAUUAACAUUCAUGGCAAUAAUAAUGCUAAUAUAUUUCAUGCAACUGUUAAAAUGAUUGUCAAAGUUCCAUCCAGUAUUUUUUCGAUGCCGAUCUAUUGUAGCCUAAUACAUAUUUGUAAUCCCUUGAUAUUGAAAUUAACACAGUUUUCUCUCAUGUUUCGGUUCCAGACACAAAGGACAGAGAUGGUGUUCUACAGGGAGAGAGAGAACGGGACACGCGAGCGUCCACCGCUGUCUCUCAUCCUACCGCAUCUUUACCUGGGUGCAGAGACGGACGUUACGCAGGAUUGCCUCGGCGCCCGCGGGAUCUCAUACGUGCUAAGCGUGAGCCGCUACAGCCCGCAGCCUACUUUCCUUCCCCGUUCCCAGUACCUUCGCAUCCCCAUCGAGGACUCUCUCCGAGACGACCUGCUGCCCCAUAUCCCGGAAGCACUGCAUUUUAUCGAUGGGGCUAUGUCAUCAGGUGGAUCUGUGUUAGUUCAUUGUGCUGCAGGAAUCUCUCGCUCCCCUGCCCUGGCUGUGGCCUACAUUAUGUACAACCUGGGGAUGGACCUUGACCAUGCCUACAGGUUUGUGAAAGAGCGCAGGCCUUCAAUCUCCCCAAACUUCAAUUUUCUGGGUCAGCUACAACACUUCCAAGGAACCCUCACUCAGAAGGCCUCUAAUGGCAACCCCACUAUCCAGCCAAUCAGAUCACUGGACACAUGUCUGCAGCCAAGCAAUGAAAACAUUAGCCGCGAUUCCUCUGUCCCCCUGUCAGCCAAUCAGAGUAUGAAUAUUCAGGACAAUGGCUAUGUUGCUAAGGACUUUUUUGAGGUUGCUAAAGUGCAUAAUAUGUACAAUGAGAAUUCCACUUGUAACACAGAGAAUAUAGAGCAAAGGUCCUCAUAUUCAGGUGAAACUCAGAGUCUAUCAGAGAAGCCACAGCAAGACCAGAGGAGCGUGCCGUCACAACUGACGCUGUCUCUCUCCAGCAAACUCAGAACGCUCACUCUCACUCUCAACCUGAACCAUAACCGGAACCAGAGGGAGGCCCAGAGCCCAUGUGGAGCAAUGACUCCAAGCCCCAACGAACCAGCGACACCGACACCAAAGCCCAACACACUACAAAUCCCAACAGGCAUUGCGUCUCACUCUGAGAAGCGCAAGAGCCUCACCCUCUCCCUGUCUCUCGUUGGUGCAAUUCCCCCAACUCCCCACCAGAAUGAGCCAGAAAGCAGCAGCAGGCACAGCAUUAGCCACAAGCCAACGCACUCCAGCGUUUCCAACACCAUCCACAAGAGGGAGUCAGAAGGCACCAGUGGUUCAAAAAGGCACGGUAGAAAGCCUUCGACGGUGGCCCUUUCCUCCUCACAGACAGAUGUACAACAGAGAGAGAGGAGCACAUCCUGCGUCAAAGCAGCAGGUUGGCCCAAUCGCUGCUCCUCCCAAACCCAGGCAAAGGUAGAGAGAGAGGGAAGAGGCCAACCUAAAAGAGAGCCCAGCCGCGGUCAGAGCGUGAAGAAGGGGAGGCCUAACUCGACUCCAAAGACAGGGAAGGACCACAGCAAGGGAAGAGCAGAGAGGGAGACACUAACAGGGAGCCUGAGCAGCAGUUCUGUUUUGAGCCAGCACAGUAUCGUAGUUGACCAGCAGCUGUCGCCAGCAGCUAAGCUGUCUGCAUCUGCAGUGGGGGCUGAGGAAAGAGUGGAUGCUGAACAGGGCCUCCUGUUUCCUCUCAACCUGACUGUCAACAAGCUGCUGGGCUGGGGGGAGAAGAUGCUGCUGGGGGUGCUGUUUGGCCCCCGGAUCAAAGUGGAACAGGCUGUUCUGCCCUAUAGGUGCUGAUGCGGUAAGAGAUCGUUGGCGCGGACAGAGAGAGGGCUGAUAAAUGCUAGGAGAUCGAUUUGUGUGUGUGUGGAGAUUGAUUUGUGUGUGUGUGGAGAUUGAUUUGUGUGUGUGUGUGUGUGUGUGUGUGAGUGAGAGGAACUGAAGAACAGAGAACUGAACUGCAUGUAUAAUAUUUGUCUGCCCAUAUCAUGUUCACAGUCCUCUGAGUGAAUGCUUUGUCCUAUAAAUGACAAUUUAUUGUUGACUUCCUUCAAAAGCACUAUGUAUAUUACAUAUAGGGCAGUUUAUGCCUCCAACACAAUGCUCAUGGAUUAAGGCUUGAUUAUGUUGAUUUUUAUUUAUUGAUUGAUGUGAAUCAAGUGAUCAGUUUAUUGUUGUUAUUUAUAAAAUGAAUAUUUUGAGGAUGGUAUUUUGGCACUGUUGUUUGUAAUGGGAUCACAGUGUUCAUUAGAGAUGAACGGGUGGCGCAGUGGUGGCGCAGUGGUCUAGGGCACUGCAUCGCAGUGCUAGCUGCGCCACCAGAGUCUCUGGGUUCGCGCCCA